CUGAGGGCAAAUAACUCCUGCCGAACUGUAAAUGUGAGGCUUGGAUUAUCAAUUUGUUCCUCUUUCAGUUCUGAAACUGGCUGUUAAAAGGCAGGCAAACCACAUUCCAGGAAUGGCGGCAUCAGGUGGAUAUAAACCCAGAUGUUUUAUGGACAUUGAAAUAGAUGGAAAAGCAGAAGGAAGGAUCGUCUUUGAAUUGUUUUCAGAUGUUUGUCCAAAAACUUGUGAAAAUUUCCGUGCCCUGUGCACAGGAGAGAAAGGAGUCAGCCAGAAGUCUGAACUUCCUCUGCACUACAAAGGUGCCCCCUUCCAUCGUGUGGUCAAAGACUUCAUGAUUCAGUCUGGAGAUUUUACCAAAGGUGAUGGAACUGGUGGGGAAUCUAUUUACGAUGGAUUUUUUCCUGAUGAGAACUUUGUGACGAAGCAUGACACAGACUUCCUUUUGUCCAUGGCCAAUCGCGGAAAAGACACAAAUGGCUCCCAGUUUUUCAUAACAACGAAGCCAGCGCCUCAUCUUGACAAUAAGCACACUGUAUUUGGACAUGUGAUCUUUGGGAAGGAAGUGGUCUCAAAAAUAGAGAAUUUGGAAACAGACGAGAAAAGUCGACCAAAAAUAGAUGCGAAAAUUGCCAAUUGUGGAGAAUUGGUUCUCCAAGUUAAAUCCAAAGCUAAGAAGAGGAAAAAGCACUCUGAAUCAGAUGGCAAGAGUUCCGGUGAUUCGGAUGAGUCUUCUGCAGAAACUGGAAAAGCAAAAAAGAAGAAGAAAAAACACAAGAAGGAGUCCAAAAAGAAGAAGCACAAAAAGAGAAAGAAGGGGGAGGAAAGUUCUAAAGAUGAGGAAAAGGAAGAAGAGAUUACUACAGUGUUCGCCCAGAUUCGUCCAGACGAAAUCCCAGAAGUCCCCCAACAAAAGUUCCUGUAUCGGGGCAACAAAGAAGAGGAAAGCAAACAGGAAAAGUCACCCCCUAGUUAUGGUAACAGAAGGAAGAUUGACAGAAUUCCUUAUGGGAACCAGCAAAAAUUUACAGCCAGUGGGCGAAAAAUUAAAGGGCGCGGCACUUUGAGAUACAGAAGCCGCAGCAGAAGCGAGACUCCCCCACACUGGAAGCGGGCGGUAGAAACCCGCUUAAGGUCCUCUCAGCAGCAGCACCCUGAGCCUGGGGAUUAUCAAGACCAGGGGGAGAAGUGGGCGAGGGGGGACAGGAUAGGUGAUAGGCGAGAUAGGCAGCCCAUGCGGGAGAGGCACAUACAGGAGAACUAUCAGAGAAGGAGGGAAGACAAGCCAGACAGACCAGAUGAUGACAAGAGAUCAAGACAAGAGAGGCCUGACUGGCGAUCCAGGAGGGACAGGAAGGAGUCCACAGGGGGAGAAAGGUCACCCGACCGUCAAAGGAACCGCGAUAACAACCGCAACAGAGACAGAGCGGUAGACAGAAGGCAGGAUAGAGAGAGUGAGAGAAGGAGGGAUGAUGGAGAGAAGAGGAGGAGGUAUGACAGGAGCUCCUCCUCUGAGGGUGAAGUAUCUGACGAUUCCUCACCCCCCAGGCACAAGGACAAGGAACGGGAUUUGACUGGAAACAAAGAGAGGGACAACAGACAAAGAUCUCCAGAUGAUUCAAAAGAGAGGCGAAGAAACGUGGAACAAGGAAGCAGGAGACAGGAAGUUAGCAGACGUAGUCCUGAGAGGACCGUCUCUGUACAGGACCGGCGACGGAGGUCAAGGUCUAAAGACUCGAACAGAAGGUCAAGGUCACCAGAGAGGGCACGUAGGAGGUCAAGGUCAGAUUCAAGGACCAGGAGCAGGGGUAAGAAGCGGUACAGCUCCAGCAGCAGCAAGUCAAGUGAAUCAAGCUCAAGGUCAGGAUCUAGAAGUCCAGAACGAAGACCUCAGCCUCCAAGAAUUGUAAAGAAGAAAUCAGAGAGUCCACCGCCAACACACUGGAAACCGGGACUGAAGCCACUCAACGACUCUAAAAAUAGAGAUCGAUCAGCCGCAGCCACAGUGAAUGGUAACCAUAGACAAAGCCCAGAGAGGAGAGAAAUCACCAUAGAGAGACGGGAUACCAGGGAUAACACAAAGGUCGAAAGUAGGAGGUCACCUGACGAUGGCAGAUCUGACCGUGUUAGUAGACCUAACGAAGUUAUGCAACAAAGCAGAAUACAGUAUGACCUAGAGAAGAAAGAGGUCCCAAUAAAAGCCCAGCCGGUGAAGUCACUGAGUGAUUCUAAACCUCGAAGAUCAAGGUCAUUCUCAUCAUCAAGCAGGUCAGGGUCGGAUGACUCCAGAAGUUCUGGAUCUAGUUCAGAAUCUGAUGACGAUGUAGCAGAGGAAAGAAAGAAAGAGAAAAAAGUAGAGGAAAGAUUUAAAUGGCAGCCACCUCCAGACCCUGAGGUAGAUGAGAAGCCACCACAAAGGACUGUGCAAUCUGACAAGAAAGAAGAGAGUGUACGGACAUCUCUCAGAAUCAGGACCCCACCAAUGCCACCCCUAGAGCAGGUGGCCGAGGCCACAUCAGAGCUAGCCAGGAAGAGUAACAGAUGGGACAUGCAGUCUUCUGCUGAAAAGAAACAAGAUGGAGUCAAGUCGUUUUCUACUGCCAGAAUUAUGACAAGGUCUGAAUCUUCCGAGUCUGAGUCUGAUGCAUCUCGCUCACCAUCCCCAACCAGCAAGUUUCUGUACGGCAAAAAUGAGGGCACUGAGGACAGGAGUCCAGUGAAAUCGACCAAUCAGCAGGCAACACAGGACACUUCCCGCAAGGCGUGGACUAGCAUGCUGGAAAUACCAAUCCCUGCUGCAACGGCGGAGAAGUCCCCAGAGAAAAAGCAACUGCCAAAGUCAACUUUAGAUGAAAGAAUUAAAGAUUUUAAUGUCAGUGUUUCAAAAUCAAAAGUAGAGAUUGGAAAACGAAGGUCAAGUUCACGAAGUUCCUCCUCUAGCAGGUCAAGGUCACCCAAAGCUUCCAAGGCCAGACAAACACCAGCUGAAAAAAGACCUGUAUCAAAAUCUCCUAAAAGAUCUUCACAUCGAAACGCUUCACGAUCGCCAAUGUCUAGCAGAAAGAAAUCAAGGAGUCCACAGCGAGGGCCUCUCUCAAGGAGUCCUCAGAAGACAACAUCAAAAAGGAGAUCACCUUCACCAAGGUCUAAAUCACCCAGAAGAAGAUCAAGGUCAUCUAAAGGAAGGUCAAUUUCACCAAAGUCAUCACGAAGAAGGUCUAUAUCAAGGAGGUCACGGUCACCAAGGAAAAGAUCCAUUACACCAAGAAGGUCAAGAUCACCUCGAGGUCGUAGAAGAUCGAUUUCUCCACGGAGACGUGCCCCGUCCAACCGGUACAGGUCACCAAUCAGGAGGCGAUUUUCUCCCCGCCGCAGAAGUAGGUCGAGGAGUCGAUCUAGAAGACGCUCUCCAUUAAGAUCAAGACGGAGAUCAAGUUCACGCAGAAGCCGUAGUCGUAGAAGAGGCCGAAGUUCUAGCUCCAGAAGCCGCAGUAGAAGCAGAAAGCGUAGCAGAAGCACUAGUAGAUCCAGGAAGCGGAGUAGAAGCACUAGUAGAUCCAGGAAGCGGAGUAGGAGCACCAGCAGAAAGCGGAGUAGAAGUAACAGCAGAAGGCGUAGUAGAAGCAUAAGUAAAGGGAGAAGACGUAGCCGGAGCAGACGUAGUAUCAGUCCGCGAGGCAGACGGAGAAGUCGUAGUCGUUCUUAGUUUUAUUAGAGGUGACUCGUUUGUAAACGCGUUGUGUGUCAACGUAGGAAAUAAAUUAGUUAUAGUUUGAUUACCUUUAAACCUGACUGUUCAGGUUAAAGGACAUUCAGGUGAUCACCAGUUGUUGGUAUAAAAUUGGACAAUCUAAAGUGGCAGUUGUUCAUUUUCAGAUUUUCAUUAAUUUUUGUUUGAAUUGAAUAGACUCAGUUUUGACAUGGUAUCGAAUCAUGUGUUCAUUUACAGUACCUGCACAUGUACAUAAACCAAUUUUUUGUGUGUGUGUGUGCUUUUAUAUCACGCUGUUUUCUGUACGACAGAUUGUGUAUUGUGGUCACAUUGUGUUAACAUUUUUAAAUAAAAUUGUCCAAUAGAUUGUCAACAGAUUUGCUAAUAAUGCCAAGUAAGAUAAAUCGAUGAUGAACAGAAUAUACAUUAACUGCCUAAUCGUGGAUGGAUUUAAUUCCUCAUGUCUGUGUGUGUCUCUUGAAACAAACAAUUGUUUUAUAGAUAAAUGUCUGAUGAACAAGUCAA